CAAAACUUCCAGACCAAUGGCGGCUCGGCUCCGCGCAAUCCCGGGCGUCCAUCAGCCAGCGGAGCCAAUCGGCGGCGGAGGAGCGUCGGAGGUCCAGCCUACCGAUUUCAACAGAUUGAAAUGUAAAGCCUGUCUCCGGCGCCGUCAGGAAACAGAUCGAGAAAUUUUGCCCCCGUUGUUCCUUUAUCGCACGAGAAGUAUUUUCUUGGACGCGGUUCUGGACGGCGGACACGCUGGACGCGGAGCAGGACCCACGUAGGAGGCACAACCCGGACGCCGUGUUCUUCCUUUGCGGUUUCAACACUAUGGAGCCCGCCUUCGGUGAGGUGAACCAACUCGGCGGCGUGUUCGUCAACGGCAGGCCGCUGCCCAACGCCAUCCGGCUCCGGAUCGUGGAGCUGGCCCAGCUCGGGAUUCGACCCUGUGACAUUAGCAGGCAGCUGCGCGUCUCGCACGGCUGCGUCAGCAAGAUCCUGGCGCGCUACAACGAGACCGGCUCCAUCCUCCCGGGGGCCAUCGGGGGCAGCAAGCCGCGGGUCACCACGCCCACCGUGGUCAAGCACAUACGGACAUACAAGCAGCGGGACCCGGGGAUUUUUGCCUGGGAGAUCCGGGACCGGCUACUCGCCGACGGCGUGUGCGACAAGUUCAACCUCCCGUCCGUCAGCUCCAUCAGUCGGAUCCUGCGCAACAAGAUCGGGAACCUGUCCCAGCAGAGUCAGUACGAGUCGGGCAAGCAGGCGCCGCACCCGCCGCCACAGCCGACGUUACCCUACAACCACUUGUACUCAUACCAGGCAUCCAAGGUGCCCACUCCCCCCGGCAUGCCCACCCUUCCCGGACACAUGGCCAUGCACAGGAUAUGGCCCUCCUCGCACUCCGUAACAGAUAUUCUGGGGAUACGGUCUAUCACGGAGCAACAAAACGCCGAGUGGAUCGCCCACAGCGAACAGCUAUGUCACAGCGCCCAGCAUCCCUCCCUACCACCCUCCCACCCGAGCGUCACCCUGCACGGGGUCCAGCGCCACCACGUCGGCCUGUGCGACCGGAGCCACAUGGCAGCCGGCCAGUGGCAGUGCUCCAUCUCCCCGCAGCUGUGACAUCGCCGCCGCCGCCGCCACCUCUGGCCCCUCGAGAGCAUUGACGAGCCAAACCCUGUGACGCCGUCCACACCCGGUCUCCGCCUCGGCGCUGUGAAGUCGGCUCCACAGACCGAUGGAGGGGAGGAGGCGAGACAGAGACACAGGGGGAGUGGAGGUGAGAUAUGGCGAGGACAGGAGGCACCAAGUCUGUCCCAUUGGGCCUCAUUCCUGCCUCCUUUGAACGAAGGACUCGGGGCCCCGGGAGCCAUGUUUGCGCCGCCUCCCUCAUCCUCCCCUCGCUACACAACAGUUCUGAGCAAAGACACGAGGAAUAAAUUUCUUUUACUACAAACUUUGUCUGAAAGAACUUGCAGGACAGGUGUACUGAAGGACUGAUGUACGACUGCUACUCCAUCCAUCAACACAGUUCCUCUCAGAUUCUUUUACCGCACACUUCUGCUGCAAAAUGUCUUUGGGCGAAACGGGGUAAUGUAUAACUUCAAGAAUGAGCAAUAACAGAAGAGGGGAGAGAAAAAAAAACCUUUUUGCAUUAGUGUUUUCAGGGUGCUUAUUAAUUGCUAUUGUUGUUUUUUUGUGUUUGUAUGCUUUUUGUUGUUGUUGUUGUUCAUGUUUUGAUAAAAGUAACUGUCCUAUGGUGCAUUGUUUUCCCACUUCUCUAAAAAAAAAAAAAAAAAAAAAGUAGCCUAUGCAAAGAGCUCCAGAGAGAAGUUUAUUAUUUAUUAGAUCAAGGUACGAUGAAUGAAGUGCAAUUAGCCGUACAGACAGCAUGGGAACCUCCGCGCACGUUUAGACAAAUUGGCAUCGGUCUGAUGUUGGAGAAUUGACAAUUGUUGCACAAUGAAAUUGAAUGUAUCUUAUUAAAUUUGUUUGGCUGUUA